CAUUCUUUUACUGAUUAUUCUCUCAUUUUAACAGGAGGAUCUGAAAACGUUUAUGACUGAUGCAGAAUGGAAUGUAUACGUAGGCCCGGAAGAAAACGAAGGUGUCGAGCUUGUGUGGCACGAGGGAAGAACUAAAGGACAAGAGCUGGACCUUGACCUCCAUGGCGAGCGCUUGUCGAUCAACUUGACCCUGGCUUCAGAGCUACUCGACCCAAAAUUGGUCAUCCUCUCCAGAAGGCAGAACAUCACUGAACUUUUGAGUCCGCAGCUCGCCGAACCUAGUUGCCAUUUCUCCGCCCCUGGUCGAGCGGCCCUCUUCCUAUGCCAGGGUAUUAGUGGCAUUAUUUUAUCCGAAAGUAAUGAUGCAUAUUACAUAAUCAACCCUCUGCGGAAAAGAUUGAACAAACGCUCAGUUAGUGACAAGAUCCCUCACGUUGUAGUGAAGAAAAGAUCGAGUCCAGUUCAAGAAAACUUCGAAACACUAAGAGAUAAAAGAGCAGUCGGUACAGCAAGCCCUGUCCAUGUCGAAACAGCAGUUUUCAUAGACAGGGAUCUAUAUACGCACAUGAAAACAAACUUUCCUAUUGAUACUGAGAAAGAAGUCGUCAAGUUCGUAUUGACAAUGGUGAAUGCUGUCCAAAUGCUCUACCACGACCCGUCUCUCGGACGUAGGGUCAAUUUUGUCAUCAAACGACUUGAAAUACUCCACAUUGAACCGACUGGCCUCGUCCGGUCCCAUGACAUCGAUAGAUUUCUCGGCAACUUCUGUGCUUGGCAAAAAGGUGAAAAUCCAGAAGAAGACUCGAAUCCGCUUCAUUGGGACCAUGCACUCAUACUUACAGGGCUCGAUCUGUACGUCCUUAGUAAAAACGGGAAAAUUAGCAAGCAGGUUGUUGGUUUGGCUCCAGUGGCUGGAAUGUGCACUGCAACGAGUAGUUGUACUGUAAACGAAGGAAGACACUUUGAAAGUGUCUACGUAGUGGCACAUGAAAUAGGCCACAACUUAGGCAUGCGGCAUGAUGGCCCCGUGGCUGACAACAACUGCGAUCCCGCAAGCUACCUGAUGUCACCAACUCUUGGUAGUGGUAAAAUAACAUGGUCUACUUGUAGCCGGCAAUAUCUUAAACAGUUCCUCGAGACACCACAGUCUCAUUGUUUGAUGGAUCAUAGUGCGGCGGGUGAACAACUGGAUCACACCAGUGGUGGUCUACUUCCUGGGGAACGUUUUAGUGCUAAUCAACAAUGUAUGUUAAAAUAUGGGAGAGGCAGUAAACAUUCUCAUGAACAACCACUAGCUGAUGUAUGUAGAGAUUUGCAUUGUACAAGAGACAUGUAUACUUGGACGUCACAUCCUGCACUUGAAGGAACUCAUUGUGGGGUUAAGAAGUGGUGUAGAAGUGGAAGAUGUGUAAGUCGAAGUGCGAGCAGUGCCAUAUAUGAGUCAGUGAACGGUGGUUGGAGUGAAUGGAGUCAAUUUUCAGACUGUGCUUCAAGUUGUCUGACUGAUGAAAACCGCAACUUAAUGCGUGGCAGUACUGGAGUCAUGGUUGCAUCUCGACUGUGUAAUGAUCCAAGGCCUGAAAAUGGUGGUACUCCUUGCAUUGGGAGUGACAGGAAAUACAAAACUUGUCAACCAACUCAAUGUGACAAGGUUCCAAGCACUACGGUUCGCAGCUAUGCUGAAGAAGUGUGUCUUAGAGCAAAGGAAGUUGAUAGUGAACUUACUGGAACAGGUUUCCAAAAAAUUAGUUCUGACCCUGAGGAAGCUUGCACUAUUUGGUGUCAUAAAAAAAUAGGAGGUGCGAAAAGCAAAGGUUGGACCUUUCCUGAUGGUACAACAUGCCAAAUAUACAGAGAUCAAAGACCACUUUAUUGUAUAUCUGGGGUUUGUCAGGAAUUUAGAUGUUCAUCAAGCACUGAUGAGAUAUUUGUGAUUCCCACCCAUAUGUGCUCUUCCAGCUUAUAUUCUCGUGAUAAAAGGCGCGAAGUUGCAGUUGGCAUAUGGGUCCCAGUUAGUGACUGCUAUUAUAAUUGUAUUUCUCCAGGAUCUGGAAUAAGGCUAGUCGAAAAACGACCUUGUCGAUAUUGCAACACGACUGCUAGUGUGCAGCUUUGUAACAGCUCCAAAAGUUGCAUGUCUCUAAAAACACCUGCUGAAGAAGCAUCAGUAGUUUGUACGAAAUUCAAACAGAAAGUUCGACGACUUUCGGGUCUUGGUAUGCAGUUGGCAGCAUCUGUUGAUGAUCCUGAUCGACCUUGUAAACUUGCUUGUCAAGAUGAAGUUAUGCCUCACAGAUUUUAUUUAGUAAAUGGAGAAGACGGUUGGUACCCUUUUGGUACAGACUGCAGCCGUGGAGAUCCUACAAGAAAAGCUUUCUGUAUUAGUGGCAGAUGUUUGGAAUUUGGUUCUGAUAACACUCCUCUUCACGAAACUGUGCGUCACUUUAUUGAGCUUCAUAGGAAGAAACGAAGUACACCUUUUUUUACUUCUUAUGAUUCAAGUGGUUAUAAUUAUGAAGAAACAUUUAUUGAUUUUCAAAAUCCCAUUUUUGUGAAUAAAAUCAAUUCAAAGGAAGAUAAUCUGAAUAAUGUACUAAAAUAA